GCCAGGCGCCUGCGCCGAAGCAGCGCAGCACGAGGGUGGCCCCGGGGCUGAUGGCGCUGAGCGGGGCCCUGAGCGCGGCCCGGCCGAGGCUGCUGUCCCGCUGCAGGUGGGCACAGCGCCUGAGCUCCGCUGCCUGGGGGGACACCAUCUUCGCCCUCUCCUCGGGACAUGGCCGCUGCGGGGUUGCCGUCAUCCGUGCCAGCGGGCCGGGCAGCCGCGGGGCACUGCAGAGCCUCACCGGGCACCCCGAGCUGCCCCCACCCCGCGUCCUGGCGCUGCGGCGCAUCCGGGACCCUGCCACCGCCGAGACCCUCGACCGCGGCCUCGUCGUCUGGUUUCCAGGUGAGGCUGGCGUCAGGUUUUCGUGCCCAGCCAGGAGUCUUGGUGCCCGGUCCCCAGAGCUUCACCGGGGAGGACUGUGCCGAGCUGCACCUGCACGGGGGGCCGGCGGUGGUGAGCGGAGUGCUGCGGGCACUGGGGCGCUUGCCCGGGCUGCGUCCCGCCGAGCCCGGGGAGUUCACUCGCAGAGCCUUCCGCCGCGGCAAGCUGGACCUGACGGCGGCCGAGGGCCUGGGGGACCUGAUCCGGGCAGAGACGGAGGCGCAGCGGCGGCAGGCGCUGCGGCAGAUGGAGGGGGAGCUGGGUCAGCUCUACCAGCACUGGAGCGAGACCCUCACCCAGGCUCUUGCCCACCUUGAAGCCUACAUCGACUUCAGUGAGGAUGACAACGUGGAGGAAGAGGUCUUGUCCCGAGUGGAUGCCACCGUGCGUGCCCUGGAGAAGGAGAUCGGUGCCCACCUGCAGGAUGGGCGCCGUGGGGAGCUGCUCCGGGGGGGGGUCCACACCGUCAUCGCCGGCCCCCCCAACGUGGGCAAGAGCAGCUUGCUCAACCUGCUGUGCCAGCGCCCGGCAGCCAUUGUGUCACCGGUGGCAGGGACCACGCGGGACGUGGUGGAGGUGGCGCUGGACAUCGGGGGGUACCCCCUGGUGCUGAGUGACACAGCUGGGCUCCGUGACGCCACUGACCCCGUGGAGCAGGAGGGGGUCAGCCGGGCACGGGACCGGCUGCGGCAAGCGGACCUGGUGCUGGCUGUGCUGGAUGCCACCGCGGUGCCCAGUGAGCCAAGGGGCCUGGGGGAUGCCCUGGGGUCCUUUUUGCCCCCCACUGCCCCUCCCUGCAUCCUGGUGCUCAACAAAUCUGACCUGCUGCAGGGGGCUGAGGGGACCCUGCCUGCUGCUUGUGCCCGAGGGCACUCGAUGCUCCCCACCACCCUCCUCUCCUGCAAGACGGGCGAGGGGCUCGACCACCUCCUGGAGCUGCUGGCACAGCAGCUGGCACAGCUGUGUGGAGACCCCCUGGCAGGCUCCCCCAGCCUGACACAGAGCCGGCACAGCCUUCACCUGGGCGACUGUGCCACGGCCCUGGCACGGUACCACCAGGAGCGCCAGCAGGACCUGGGGCUGGCAGCCGAGCAGCUGCGGUUGGCGCGGCGGCACCUGGGCCGCAUCACUGGGCACGUGGGCGCCGAGGAGGUCCUGGACAUCAUCUUCAGGGACUUCUGCAUUGGCAAGUGAGGGGCAGGGUGAGCAGGUGCCCUGCUUGUGGCGCCACCAGCCUCAAGGACCCUUGGCAAGAGGGCACUUGGCUGGGUGCUGGCAUUAAA